CUAUAGGCGCCUCCCCCCCGUGCCUCCCGCCGUGCCCGCCGCCGCUCGGGCUCUCCUCCUCUCCUCCUCCUCCUCCUCUCCUCUCCGCCGCCGCUCGGGCUCUCCUCCUCCUCCUCUCCUUCUCUCCGCCGCCGCCGCCCCCAGGAGAUUCCAACCACCAUGUCUAUAGAGAAGAUCUGGGCCCGGGAGAUCCUGGACUCCCGUGGGAACCCCACGGUGGAGGUGGAUCUCUACACCGCCAAAGGUCUUUUCCGGGCUGCGGUCCCCAGUGGAGCCUCCACUGGAAUCUAUGAGGCCCUGGAGCUCAGGGAUGGGGACAAACAGCGUUACUUAGGCAAAGGUGUCCUGAAGGCAGUGGAGCACAUCAACACCACCAUUGCACCAGCCCUCAUCAGCUCAGGUCUGUCUGUGGUGGAGCAAGAGAAACUGGACAACCUGAUGCUGGAGUUGGAUGGGACGGAGAACAAAUCUAAGUUUGGAGCCAAUGCCAUCCUGGGUGUGUCCCUGGCCGUGUGUAAGGCAGGGGCAGCUGAGCGGGACCUGCCCCUCUAUCGCCACAUUGCUCAGCUGGCUGGGAACUCUGACCUCAUCCUGCCUGUGCCGGCCUUCAACGUGAUCAAUGGCGGCUCUCAUGCUGGAAACAAGCUGGCCAUGCAGGAGUUCAUGAUCCUCCCAGUGGGUGCCGAGAGCUUCCGGGAUGCCAUGCAACUUGGGGCGGAAGUGUACCACACACUCAAGGGGGUCAUCAAAGACAAAUAUGGCAAAGAUGCCACUAAUGUGGGGGAUGAAGGUGGCUUUGCCCCUAACAUCCUGGAGAACAGUGAAGCCUUGGAGCUGGUGAAGGAGGCCAUCGACAAGGCAGGCUACGCCGAGAAGAUCGUCAUCGGCAUGGACGUUGCUGCCUCAGAGUUCCACCGCGAUGGCAAAUACGACUUGGAUUUCAAGUCCCCUGCCGACCCUUCCCGCUACAUCACCGGGGACCAGCUGGGGGCGCUCUACCAGGACUUUGUCAGGAAGUAUCCUGUGGUCUCCAUUGAGGACCCGUUCGACCAGGAUGACUGGGCAGCCUGGUCCAAGUUCACAGCCAAUGUAGGCAUCCAGAUAGUGGGUGAUGACCUGACCGUGACCAACCCAAAGCGUAUAGAGCGGGCAGUGGAGGAGAAGGCUUGCAACUGUCUGCUGCUCAAGGUCAACCAGAUCGGCUCUGUCACGGAAGCUAUCCAAGCGUGCAAGCUGGCCCAGGAGAAUGGCUGGGGGGUCAUGGUGAGCCAUCGCUCUGGAGAGACGGAGGACACUUUCAUUGCCGACCUGGUGGUGGGGCUGUGCACAGGCCAGAUCAAGACUGGCGCCCCCUGCCGAUCUGAGCGUCUGGCUAAGUACAACCAACUCAUGAGAAUUGAAGAAGAGCUAGGGGAUGAAGCUCGCUUUGCUGGGCAUAAUUUCCGCAACCCCAGUGUGCUGUGACCCCUCUACUGCCUGGAGACUUGGAACCUCCAUACUUCUCGAACCUUCUUGCUUCCUGACCUGCAGUAGUUCACCCUGAGAUACCUUGAGCCCCAAGUCACCCAGAACUUUUUAACCUGCCCCAGUCACUCUUGGCUUCCUCCUUGCUGUCUCUGCUCCCCCUCCUCCUCUCCGGGCCCCAUUCUUUGGGGUUACAUCCUCCUCCUUCACGUCUGUUCUUAUCUUUAAAACUGGAAAUGAGUGUGAGGAUUAGAAGGGGGUCCCUGGAAGGAUGAUUAGUGUCCGUAGUGGAGCUUCCGGGUUGGUACGCUGAUGUGUUGAGCAGGGUCACGUGUCACCUGUACUUUGCUCUGUUUUCCACAUUGUUUAUGAGCCCUGAGCUAAGCAGAGAGCUGAGGGGCAGGGGAGUUCUGGGUGUGUGGUCAUGCCUGUUAAGGCGUUAGUACAUUUACAUAUUUAUUUAUUCAUUCAUUCAUUCAUUUUUAUUCAUUCCAUUAAUUAUCUCAUGACCUUAGGGUCUACAACUGGCUUGACUUGACUGGGCAUCUAUACUUUCAUGUGGCUGCAGAUCCCAAGAUGACCGGCGUGGGAGGUCUUGCUAGGAUAGGAAGGGUAACAGGAAAGGCCUUAGCAUCAGUUUGGUGGUGUGCACUGACUGAAGCCGGGGCUGGCGGAGAACAGGGCUGUGAGCCUGCAGGCUCUUCUCCUACAAACCUCUCUCCAGCCCCAGGUCCCAUUCUCCCUCCAACUGCACCAGAGCGCUGUCUCACCUCCCCGCGCCGUGUUCCACAGUUGCCACCACCUCUCUGGCUUUGAAAUAAGCACCGCCAUUAAAGUCUCAAUCACAGCGCA